CUCUGCCUCCUUCCCUGUCGCUGCAGCGAUGAAAGAAGAGGAGACAAUCCAGUCAUAGCCGUGGAUGUGCCAUAAAACCGUGUGUUAGACCUGAACCGUGGUACUGCAGAUAGUCAGCGGGGUGAAGUCGCAGCUCUGCGGUGUUCCAGUCGAAGGCAGCGGAUAUCUGUGUCAGAGGUUAACCUGAGCAGGCUGAGACAGAGACUCACAGUGGGGCUUGUGGGCCCACUGCAGUCUGAAUCAACGCAGACUCGCCCCACCGCUGCUUGGUCAUCGACGUCGUUUGUGUGUCGACAUCCUCUCGCAGGCAGAAAGCACCGGGAAGGGCCGUGAACCGAGCCCCGUGUUUGACCCCCUGCCGCAGCCCGAGGCGCGCUGCUUGGCAGAGCAUGCUAAAUAAUGAGCCAAAGGGACACACUGGUUCAUUUGUUUGCUGGAGGAUGUGGCGGUACAGUGGGUGCUAUUUUGACCUGUCCUCUGGAAGUGGUGAAGACCAGACUGCAGUCCUCUUCCAUCACUCUGUAUGUCUCUGAAGUCCAGCUCAGCACUGUCAACGGAGCCAGUGUUGCUCGCGUUGCUCCACCAGGGCCUCUGCAUUGUCUUAGGUUAAUUCUAGAGAGAGAGGGACCCCGUUCACUCUUCAGAGGACUGGGCCCCAACCUUGUAGGUGUGGCACCUUCCAGGGCAAUCUACUUUGCAGUCUAUUCAACAGCCAAGGAAAAGCUAAAUGGGUUGCUGGAGCCAGACUCUACCCAGGUGCACAUGGUGUCUGCUGGGAUGGCAGGGUUCACCGCCAUCACAGCCACCAAUCCCAUCUGGCUGAUAAAGACUCGUCUGCAGCUGGAGGCCAGAAACCGGGGAGAGCGGCGUAUGAAUGCAUUUGAGUGUGUGCGGCGGGUGUACCAGAUGGACGGCCUUCGUGGUUUCUACAGAGGAAUGUCAGCUUCAUACGCUGGCAUCUCUGAGACUGUAAUCCAUUUUGUCAUCUAUGAAAGCAUCAAACGUAAACUGUUGGAGUCCAGGGCCCACACCAGCAUGGACGAAGAGGAAGAGACGGUCAAAGAUGCCUCAGACUUUGUGGGCAUGAUGCUAGCAGCAGCCACCUCCAAGACCUGUGCCACCUCCAUCGCCUAUCCUCAUGAGGUGAUCCGCACACGGCUUCGAGAGGAAGGCAGCAAGUACCGCUCCUUCUUCCAAACUCUGCUGACAGUACCCAGGGAGGAGGGAUACCGGGCGCUGUACCGCGGCCUGACCACACACCUCGUCAGACAGAUUCCCAACACUGCCAUCAUGAUGUGCACCUACGAGGUGGUGGUCUACCUGCUCGGCCGUUAGCCCACCAGGACUGUCUCCUUUCUGUUCACAGGGGGAGACAGUAAAUGACUGAGAUGGAGGCCCUUUGAUUAGGGUAUGAAAUGUGCAAAUGAAGACCAAAGGAAAAGUGAAGAUACUCUACUGGACCAGAAAAAGACAAAUGGAAAAAAGAUGAAGAAAAAGGAAGGAGGUAGAGCACUUUGGCACCACAUCAGCAUCAUCCUCUCCACUUCUCUUUGUCAGACUGCUGGGACAGGUAGAGGGCGCCACAGUUCACAGUGGAGGUAAAAUGGCUCAGAGGAGAGAGGAGGCACUGACAGGAAAGGCACAGAACCAGUUUGGUGCUCAUUAAAGCACUGAAAGAUAAGAUUCUGAGCAAAAUUCAGUGGCCUUAACAGACAGGAUUUAAUUUGCAUCUUUCUAUUUUGGGUGAUUAUAAAAAAUCAGCCUUUUUCACUCUUAGAUAGAGAUAGUAGUAGGAGAAUGCUUGGAGGCAACUGAACUUGACAGAUGAAAGCCAAAUGUAGGUCAGCAUCAUUUUUUUAAAUAAGUAAUUGUUUGUACGAGAAGGCACUUGCUUCAGUGCUAUGUGAUCACAUGACAUGCAGUUAAGGAAUGUUCAGUUAAGGUAGAAUGUCAGAAGAGAGUUGGAUUAGAGACAAAGACAUCAGUCAUCCAUCCACCAUUGCACUACAGAAGUUGUGGCUUCAAGCAUUCUCCUCCAAACACUGCAGUUGCCCCCCAGGGUGGCCUGAAGCUCAUAGACCACAGUGUGCUCAAUAGAAAUACAAUGAAAUACAGUGAUGAGCUUGUGACGGUCGUGUAAGCACAUGCUUCAGACACUAUCCAGUGUUUAGGUUACAAAACUGACUUCCAUUCAGUGUUUUAUUCCUCUAUAACUCAGCUCCUGGUGGUGACGUGGUUUGGUUGAAGUUGGCCUUUGGUAUUUUUGUUAAAACUGAAAUAAGAAGGCCAGCUUCUGCUUCCAGUCACUGCUCGGGGCUUCAAUAUCUUGUGUGAAAACAGGAGACCAAUGUGUCCUUUUUGAAAUGUGAUAUGUGUGACUGUCCCAAAGGUACCGGAUAUCUUCUAGUGGAGUGUUGCUACUUGAAUAUAAUGUGACGAUUCGGGGAAAUGCUGGAGCAGAAUAUUGAUGCAGUUUUAUCACCCCAUAGAGUAUGUGUGUGUGUGUGUGUGUGUGCGUGUGUGUGUGUGUGUGUGUGUGUGUGUGUGCGUGUGUGUGCGUGUGUGCGCGUGUGUGUGUGUGUGCGUGUGUGUUUAACAAGUUGGAUGAUCUGUGUUCAGGAGUGUGUAUGUGUGAAUGCGUCUGCAUGUAUAAUAUCUACUCCAGAUUUCCCUCCACUAUCUAUUAACCUUGCAAGACACUGCAGUUUGUAGAGGGGAAAGGUUCCUGAAUGAUACUGGGAGCUUUCAUUCCCACUCUCACGCCAGUCCUUCCUUCCAGUGGCUUCCAGCUGACCUGAUAACAUGCACUUUUGUGGCCUUUUGGGGCUUGUGCUUUGCAUUUUAUUGUGUGGACAGUUUAAACUUGUACAUUGUAAAGGAAAAAAGUAUUAACUGUAUAUCAAAAUGGUAUUUUGCGCAACUGUUCUUAUAGCAGAUAUAUUGUACAGUUUAGAGUUCUCAGUAGUUGUGAAGGAUGUCCAAAUGUUUGUAUAUAAUAUUGAUACUGUAUAUGCAUAUCAAUUGCUUUUUUCUUGGCCUCAUUUUGUGAUCAUGCUGUAGUUUGCAUUUGCAGAUGUUUGUUUUCAUUUUUGUGCAAUUGAAACUGGCUUCGACACAGACAUGAAUAUUGAUGUUGCUUGAACGAUUUUUCUUGCAUUUCUGUGUUGUUGUAAGUUGUUCUGCAAACAUUGUGUAUUUACAUGAAAACUAGCAAAUGCUGCAGAGCAAAUACAUCACUGUGAGCAUUUGAGCUGAAGCGUUGGUUCGUCGGUUCACGAGGUUCGUUAAAAAAAGAAGGAAAAAAAAGAAGUGUUCCAGUUUGCAAAGCUCGGAUGUUUCCAUCAUUUUAGAUGUUUACAUUCUUCUUUACUCUGUCAGAUUCUUUUCGGUUUUCUUAGCAACUAGUUUUCAAUAUCAAAAUAGAGGUGUUUUAAUGUGAGAGUUUAUGAACUGAUGCAAUGUGUAGAGCAGAAUGUGAGGUCCAGAAACUGCUGCAUCUCUUACUGGAGUAGUCAUCUGUGCUCCUAUAGAUGAUCACUUCACUUACAUUGAUCUCAUAAGAAAAAUGUCUUUUGUGGAAAAUUUGACACAUUUUUUCCAAAUUAUAUCCAAACACCUCAUUAUAAUGUUCCCUUGGAAUACUUUUCCAUUGUUUACCAUCUAAAAUGUUCUGUACUUGACAUUUAAAUCUAUUGUUGGGCCACCCACCACAAC